GCCAUUCCAUCGGGGAAAAAAACUUUAAUACCUUCCCAGCGCCUAAUACUUUAUAUAAACCCGUUUUUGUUUGGUGGGGGGGGAAGUGAUAUGAAGAAAUUACUUUCUUGGAGCAUGAAGAAAACGACUUUAAAGUGUCACCGUGGAAGACUGUGGCGGAACUGAUAGUGCUGGAGAUGGAGCGUCUCCCUCUCCCCGGAUCCACUCAGCCGAGGGCACCCUCCCCGGGACGAGGGCGCCCGCAUGAGCUGGCAGUGACCUGGGGCUCCGGUGUCCCGGGCCGCGCACCGCCUCGCACACACCAAGGUAUCCGCUCGCUCCGAGCCCGGGAGGCGCGUGCCGGCUGCACGACUCGGCGGCUGCAGGGCGAUGCGCUGAUCAACCAGCACUCCAGCUGCACGACGCGCCGGCUUCUCUGGUCCUUCCCUUCUCCUCUCUCACACCGACGUGAAGAGGGAAAAAAUAAUAAACAUUUCAGCAAAACACCAAAAAAAUUUCAUUGGAUUGGGAACGGAAAAUUGAAGGGAAGCAUGUGUGAAAGCCCUUCAUUGCUGCAGAGCUUUGCCGAUUAUAAAUUUGAAUGAUUGAAGAACGUGGAAGGACAGAAAAUACCAUGGCCGAAAGAAGACAGUUGUUUGCAGAAAUGAGGGCCCAGGACUUGGAUCGCAUUCGUUUAUCCACCUAUAGGACAGCAUGUAAGCUUCGAUUUGUGCAGAAAAAAUGCAAUGUGCACUUGGUAGAUGUUUGGAAUGUAAUAGAGGCAUUCAGAGAAAAUGGGCUAAAUACAAUGGAUCCAAAUGCUGAACUCAGUGUGGCUCGCUUGGAAGCUAUCAUCUCCACAAUACUUUACCAGCUGAACAAACGAAUGCCAACCACCCAUCAGAUAAAUGUUGAACAGUCUAUUAGUUUACUGCUGAACUUUCUGCUCGCUGCUUAUGAUGGCAGGCUCCACAGUCUACCAAGCAUUUUCAAUGUGCACACCCAUCAGCAGCCUUCUGAAGGCUACCUCAUCAGCAGCCAAACUGGUGUGAACCUUGCCCACCAAGAAGGCCAUGGCAAAAUCUCAGUUUUUGCUGUGAAAGUGGCACUAGCAACAAUAUGUGGAGGGAAGAUUCUGGACAAACUGAGAUAUAUUUUCUCCCAAAUAUCAGACUCCAAUGGAGUAAUGAUAUAUGCAAAGUUUGAUCAGUUUCUACGAGAGGUGCUGAAGUUGCCCACAUCAGUGUUCGAAGGUCCCUCCUUUGGGUACACAGAGCAAGCAUCAAGAUCGUGCUUUUCCCAGCAGAAAAAGGUGACACUAAACAGUUUUCUGGACACCUUGAUGUCUGAUCCCCCACCACAGUGUCUCGUCUGGUUACCACUCAUGCAUCGUCUUGCUAAUGUUGAAAAUGUCUUCCACCCUGUAGAGUGUUCCUACUGCCACAGUGAGAGUAUGAUGGGUUUUCGAUAUCGUUGCCAGCAGUGUCACAAUUACCAGCUUUGUCAAGACUGCUUUUGGAGAGGCCAUGCAAGUGGUUCUCAUAGCAACCAGCACCAAAUGAAAGAAUACACAUCAUGGAAAUCCCCUGCAAAGAAGCUAACCAACGCACUUAGCAAGUCUUUAAGCUGUGCUUCCAGUCGUGAGCCUUUGCACCCAAUGUACCCUGACCAGCCUGAAAAACCACUAAAUCUGGCCCACAUUGUGCCUUCAAGACCUCCUCCCAAUAUGAAUGACACAAUGUUCUCUCAUUCAGUUAUAACCUCAGGAAGCCCCAGCCCUAACAAGAGCUUUCCUGAUGAGAUCAAUGAAGUAGAGCAGAACAAACAACUGGCUAGGGCUACUCCAGCUUUGCUUAAAGGCAAAGGGUUACAGUACAGCCUUGACAUUGCUGAUAGACUGGGUGAUGAACAUGUUCUGAUUGGGCUAUAUAUCAACCUCCUCCUGAACAAUUCUUCACGUGUCCUUGACAGUCCAAACCGACUGGAUGAAGAACAUCGAUUGAUCGCAAGAUAUGCAGCACGACUAGCUGCUGAAGCAGCAUCUUCACAACAGCGUGCUCCCUCUGAUCUUACCUCCACCAUAGAUGCAAAUAAGCAACAGCGGCAAUUGAUUGCUGAACUUGAAAACAAGAAUAGAGAAAUCCUGCAAGAGAUUCAGCGAUUGAGGCUUGAGCAUGAACAGGCAUCUCAACCCACACCUGAGAAGGCACAACAGAAUCCCACCCUCCUUGCUGAGCUACGACUCCUCAGGCAGCGAAAAGACGAAUUAGAACAGAGGAUGUCGGCACUGCAAGAAAGCCGCCGAGAGUUAAUGGUUCAACUGGAGGGCCUGAUGAAGUUACUGAAAACUCAGGGGGCAGGAUCUCCUCGAUCAUCACCAAGUCACACCAUCAGUCGAUCUGUUCCUAUUCCAAUGCCUAUCAGAUCGACCUCUGCCUGCUCAACUCCAACUCAUACACCUCAAGAUUCGUUGACAGGGGUUGGAGGAGAUGUACAGGAAGCAUUUGCACAGACUUCCAGGAGAAAUUUGAGAAAUGAUCUGUUAGUGGCAGCAGAUUCCAUUACAAACACAAUGUCCUCUUUGGUAAAAGAGUUGAAUUCAGCAGAGGCUGGCAGUGAAACAGAGAGCAAUGUGGACUCUGAUUUUAGUCGCACUCAUUUAGAUGACAUUGUUCCUUCACCAACUUCUGAGAAAGCCUUUCUUGCUCAGAUCAAUGCCAGAAAUCCCAGCUAUAUCCAGAGUGCUGCUGCAACAGGAACAAUUCAAAGUGAUAUUGUUACAGAAGAUGGUGAUUCUUAUGUUAGAACAGAUGAUGAAAGUUAUGAAAAUGAAUCUGUCCAUCAGCUCGAACAUGAGUUAAAACUGGAAGAAUACCUGAAGCAAAAACUGCAGGAUGAGACCUAUCAGGCUAAUUACAGUCAAACUGAUGAUGAGAGCUACGUAAGAACUGAUGAUGAUGAAAGCUGCAUACGGACAGAUGAUGAAGAAGGUCUAACUUCUGGUUUCAGUCAGGAAUGGAAUGAGCAUAUGAAGCGUCUUAUGACAAAAUAAGGAUUUUAUAAUUAGUGUGAAUACUGUAGCAAAGUAAUUUUAAAAGUUUCUAGUUAGAUGUGUUGUCAAACAAUUCUUUUACUAAAAUUUGGGUUUAUCAGCAUCUUCUUUAUAUGGCUUAACUGAGAACAGAAUUCAAGGAAACACCACUGCAAUUAUCACCAAGCUGAACAUGUAUGGUGUUGCUAUUCCAAGAGGAAGCAGUGUUAAUAUUAAGAAAAGAUAAUUCUUCACAUUUGUGAUCAAAAUAUUCUGUUUACACUUCUAAUAUUAAUACACUUUGUUUUGUUUCUAGCUGAACUGUGCAGUACUUUGACAAAGCAGUUACAUAUUUUUUCAACUGUGAUAAACCUAUUUUGGUGAAAUGCACUUAAAAAUCAGAUAUUAAGGCACUAAAUAUGAUUAUUUAUUCAAAAUUAUAACUACCCACUAACUAUUAAUUCUCAGCAUUUUUAAUAAGAUGCACAUCUGUAAAAUAGGAGAACUGUGAGCUGUGUCAAGGACACUCUUAGCUAAUUCUGUUCUUGUACUUUGAACCGUAGGUGCCAAAAACAAAAAUAGUAACAAAGUUGAAAUUAGAUCAUUUAAGUUCUUUUUUGUGAUUGAACAAUGGGUUAAGCAAUAUUUUAAACAAGCAUGUCCAUUGCUAACUUAAAUUACACUUUUUGGUUUGUUUACUGUUAUAUCAUUGUAAAAUCGUGAGCUUGAACAGACUGAUAUUUACACAUUACUUGAUGUGCAUUGCAAAUUUUUAUGUUUGAACUGUAUUAUUUUAGUUGGCCAUCAGUGUAGUGUGCACAUUGCAAGAAAAGAAUAGUUUUAUCAAAUAACGCAGAGAAUUAUGAAUGUUAUAAAAGAAGCAGCGUGUGAACGGGGUUCAAGAAGCUUUUGUGGCUUUAUUCUGAUUAAUCCACAGAUUACAUAUGCUGAAGGUUUCAGAUACAGUCCUCUCAAGUACCACUUAAUUUAAAAUGUUAAUUGUUUGUACAAAACGGCAUUUCUAUGUGAGUUGUCACAAAACUAAACAUACUUAAAGCCGAAUUGCUCUAAAAAGAUUUUAUUUAAUGAUUUUUGUUGUCUAUAAUUUACUCAUAAUUCUAUCACAGGAGCUUUCUAGAGUGGAUGCCACAUUUAAGUGUACCAUAUAUUACUUUUUAGUUUUAGUGUAGAUAAAUAAAAUGAUUUGAUAAUGACAUGAGAGUUACACACUGAAUAAUCUGCAAACCUCACACAACAUAUGUAUAUUGAAAGCUAAAGAAUUGCUGAAGAAAUCUAAGAUUAUUAUGUGGUAAUCAUAAAUAUUAUCUUGAAAGCAUGUAAAAUAACAUGAGAAAAUCAUGUGAUUUAAUUGAUAUAAUCAGAUUAAACACUGAAAUUAAAUAUGUUUAGAAUUAUUGAUUUAAGUCCAAUGAUUUAUCUAAAGAGAAUGGAUGUAGAAUAGAGGUAAAAAGAAAAACACAAAUGCUGGAAGUUUUCAGGUAAGGUUGAGAGUGUUAUAAGGGAGAAAGGCUAGGCAUGUUUCAGAGUUAACCUGCACAAGUUUGUGGCCUUCACUGUGAAACAAAUUGUACUCUGUUAGUGCAUGAAGUGAAAACUUGUCUAGUUUUGUUUGUUGCACAGUACUAUAUCUUAUAUUAAUUUUGUCUAACCUUUUCCCAGUUACAUAGAUUAAUUAAUGUAGACACAUAUUAUAUAUACUUAAGUCUCUGUUGCUGAAUUCAGAAUGGAUAAAAUAAAUUUAACAAAAUUGCUGUGAAUAUUAACCAUUUUCCUUCUGUCCAAAAUAAUGGACAUUGAAUUUUCACCAAAAGUAUCUGACUACAUCACGUUUGAACUAACCACAGCAACUGACAUAUUUAGUGUCUCCUAAAGGAGAGGAAGUAACUUUGAAAGCACUAAAGGCUCACUGUAAAACACUGUUAAUGUAAUAAAACUACUGAUUUAUGUUUUGUAUUGUUAAGUAUUGUACCCAUACGUACAGUGUGUUGGAACAAGCUGGGGACUUGCCAUGUUUCAAGAUUGUUCAAAUAUUUAACUGUGUGUCUGUAUUUUGGAAUGGAAUAUUUCUUCAUUAAAGAGAGAAUUUCU